AUGGAGGUGGCAGAGCCCAGCAGCCCCACCGAGGAAGAAGAGGAGGAGGAGGAGGAAGAGCAGUCAGUGGAGCCAAGGCCCCGGACACGCUCCAACCCGGAGGGGGCUGAGGACCGGGCACUGGGGGCCCAGACCAGUGUGGGAAGCCGAAGUGAGGGUGAGGGUGAGGCGGCCAGUGCUGAUGAUGGGACCACGAAUGCUCUGGGAGCUGGCCCCAAGCCCUGGCAGGUGCCUCCACCAGCCCCUGAGGUCCAGGUGCGGACACCAAGGGUCAACUGUCCAGAGAAGGUGAUCAUCUGCCUGGACCUGUCGGAGGAGAUGUCACUGCCAAAACUGGAGUCGUUCAACGGCUCCAAAACCAACGCUCUCAAUGUCUCCCAGAAGAUGAUUGAGAUGUUCGUGCGGACAAAACACAAGAUUGACAAAAGCCACGAGUUUGCACUGGUGGUGGUAAACGAUGACACCGCCUGGCUGUCUGGACUGACCUCUGACCCCCGUGAGCUCUGCAGCUGCCUCUAUGACCUAGAGACGGCCUCCUGCUCCAACUUCAAUAUGGAAGGCCUCUUCAGCCUCAUUCAGCAGAAGACCGAGCUGCCAGUCACGGAGAAUGUGCAGACGAUCCCGCCCCCAUACGUGGUCCGCACCAUCCUCGUCUACAGCCGUCCGCCGUGCCAGCCCCAGUUCUCCCUGACGGAGCCCAUGAAGAAAAUGUUCCAGUGUCCGUAUUUCUUCUUCGACGUUGUUUACAUCCACAAUGGCGCCGACGAGAAGGAGGAGGAGAUGAGCUGGAAGGACAUGUUCGCCUUCCUGGGCAGCCUGGACACCAAGGGCACCAGCUACAAGUAUGAGGUGGCACUGGCCGGGCCAGCCCUGGAGCUGCACAACUGUAUGGCCAAGCUGCUGGCUCACCCAUUGCAACGGCCCUGCCAGAGCCACGCCUCCUACAGCCUGCUGGAGGAGGAGGAGGAGGCCACUGAGGUCGAGGCCACCGUCUGA